AGUUAAUCACAUAUCACAUAUCUCAGCAGUAGCAACAACUCUCACACACAAAGAUUCAACCUACUAGCGCUGACACACGAACAGAAAAACUACUUUCUUUCUGACAAUCACAUCAGCACCCAGAAAGGUCACAUUGGUUAAGAGACUGACAACCAUGGGGGAGUAUGAAGACUUCUUGGCUUUUUUGAAUGAGGACAAUUAUACAGAUUAUAACGACUCUGUAGACCCCAGCUAUGUCAUGGAUGAUAUUGUGAAACUGUGUGGUAAAACUGAGGUAAACAGAUUUGGAGCCAAGUUCAUCCCAACAUUCUACACCAUCAAUUUCCUGCUGAGUGUGGUUGGGAAUGGGCUGGUUCUAUGCAUUAUCUACAAAUACGAGAAGCUCACUUCCGUCACCAACAUCUUCCUCCUUAACCUGGUCAUCUCUGACCUGCUGUUUGCGUCCAGUUUGCCCUUCUGGGCCACUUACCACUCCUCUGAGUGGAUCUUUGGCCCGUACAUGUGCAAGCUGGUGGGCAGCGUGUACUUCAUCGGAUUCUACAGCUCCAUCCUCUUCCUCACUCUCAUGACCUUUGACCGAUACCUGGCUGUGGUCCAUGCCAUUAACGCUGCCAAACGGAGGAGGAAGAUCUACGCCUGCGUCUCCUCGGCAGUUGUGUGGUGUAUCAGCCUUCUGGCCAGCGUCAAGGAGUUAGUUCUGUACAACGUCUGGAAGGAUUCUCAAUCCGGACACUUUUGUGAGGAGACAGGCUUCUCCAAGGAGAUCAUGAACAAAUGGAAGCUGGUGGGUUACUAUCAGCAGUUUGUUAUCUUCUUUCUACUUCCUUUGGCCAUGGUCAUGUACUGCUAUGUUAGAAUCACAGUCCGAAUCAUGUCAACCCGGAUGAGAGAGAAGUGUAGGGCAGUCAAGCUGAUUUUUGUGAUUGUAUUUGCAUUUUUCGUGUGCUGGACCCCAUACAAUAUUGUGAUACUGCUGAGAGCCCUCCAGAUCUCCAACAGUCAUAGUUCUGAGGACUGCUCUGAUGUGCUUGACUAUGCUCUGUAUGUGACUAGGAAUAUAGCAUACCUCUACUGUUGUGUAAGCCCUGUUUUCUACACGUUUGUUGGGAAAAAGUUUCAAAGCCACUUUAGGAAACUACUUGCAAAGCAUAUCCCAUGUCUGAAGAGUCAUAACCACACUAGCCAUAGUAGCCAAAGUAGAACAACUUCUCAGAAAAGCCCACAUACCAUGUAUGUAUACUAGAGAGGAACUGGUCUUUAAACCAUUACUGAUGUAAAUUGUGAAUAAGGUAUAUACUUUUGAGGGUUUUAUGUUUACUAUCUCAAAGAAUUUCUCAAUCAUAGCAAUACAAUUUGAACAUGUCAUUUCUAUUCUGUGUCAUUUUGCUUCAGACUUUAUUUACUCAACAUUUUUUGCUAAACUGUAAAUUACCAAAAGAUACAAAUGAUGUUUGAAAUAUUUGAAUCAAUGUCUGCACGCAGGACUCGCUUUGGAUAAAAGCGUCUGCUAAAUGGCUUAUAUUAUAAUUGUUUUUACAAGGUGUACAUUUUAUUUGCUUCAGGAGCUUGAGCUGUUUCUUUCCUUGUUUUUUUAAACAAUAAUUUUUAUUGGAUCACAUCAAAGCAACACAAUCGAUAAAUAAGAAUAAAAAAGUCCCCUUUUUGAACAACUCUCUCUACUAUUACGCAUUUUGAAUCUUUGCAUUAAAUUGUUGAUAAAAUACAUUAAUAAAGAGUUGUGAAAUAAUGUAUUUACUCAUA